AUGCUGCGUUCCAGGGCAGAGCGGCCAGGAGGGGAGAGCCUUUGUGCUCCGCGCUGCGCCCCUCCGGCUGAGCGGAGCCGGCCCCUGGGCUGCCCGGGCUGCCCCCGCCGGCUGCCGGCUCCGAGCGGCCCCGGGCGCCCCGCGGGGCCGGGCACCGUCCCCAGGGCUGUGCCACCCGUCGGGCUGCAGGGUCCCGUUCCCCACGGCCCGGCUGUGCAAGGGAACACGCUGCAGCGUGAACUGGCUGAGGACAGAAGCCACCUGGGCUCCUCUCACCUCAUCUUCUCCUGGCAUCUGUGGCCACACAUCCAGGCUGUCCUGAAGGACUCGGAGUCACUGGACGGCUGCAUUCAGAGCACGUUAUCAGCACUCUACCCUCCAUUUGAGGCUACCGCAGCCACUGUUCUGUGCCAAGUUUUUGAUGUGGUGGAGAAGACGUACCGUGGGGAUGGACUGCACUACCUCAUAGACUUCCUGAUUCCAGCUAAGCACAUCCUGCAGUGCAUUCAGCAGGAUGCCUGUGCUCCGUACUGCGGGUUGCUGUUUCGCCAUGCAGGCUGGCCCCUGUGUAUUCAAGAGAAGAUUGUAAUCCAGCUAGCUUCCAUUGACUGGCAAAUCUUGAAGCCUGGUGACUUCUACCUGCAGGUGGUCCCCUCUCUGAAGAAGCCUCCACGGAUUGUACUGAAAUGUUUGGCAAAAGAUAAGCAUAAUGUAGAAGAAGUGGUGAUUCCAGAAGUUUCAUAUACCUCUAUUUUUACUCUGGAAUGGUUGAGUACGUUCAAUGGAGAGCGGAUGGGCAUAGCACUGGAAAAUUGUUUACUAACCACUGAUGACAAAAUAUUUCGUGUCCCCUGGGAUAAAGUGGUUAAUCCUGAAUUUAUAAAUAAACCAAAAAUAAUUGAAAACAAUAUCAUCUCUCCAGAAAUAACAGAGGAACGUUCAAUUUUGUGCCUCUCCACGGACCGUACUAAGUGCGGUUCACCAGACCUGAGGUCUCAGUAUCUACAAGAAUUAAGCUCAAAUCGAGACAACCCUGUCAUUAGCAGCACAGCUCCACAGUUCAAUGAAGCUCUGAUCAAUGGUGUCUGUACAAGUCCUGUGACUCAAGAGAACUUGGAAAGUGACCUUGAAGGAGAGUAUGUUGAGCUGGCAGAAGUUUCACUGCCCAGAUUUGGGCCACAAACAGGAUCUUUAACACAGUCGCUGGCAUUAAGUUAUUUAACUCAGCCCAGGGCACGAGUGAAUGAGUCUAAAGGCAAGCACAGGUUUAUUGUCAUACAAGACAGCACCUACUCCAAGAACUUAAUUCAGUCAGCACUUAUGCAGAAAGAGCACUGUCAAAUGGACACUCUGAGCGCUUCUCCAGAAGUUCUCAAAAAUGUUACUCCGUUGGAAGGCAACAAAGUGAUGGCACAUGGAGAACUGUCCCCAGAAGGUCAGCUGAUACCAGCUGAUCCUGGAAGUAUGGGUGAUAACUUUCCUAUGGCUGAGCCUCCCACUUGCCGUGCAGAAGAUUCAUCCGUAGAGCGGGAGACUCACGGUGAGCGAUACGCACUGUGCAGCUACACUGAUGUGUGUGCUGGAGAUGCUGUCAGCUGCAGGGCACGAGUGUCUGGUGCCCCUGGAAACGUGGAGGGACAAAGGGGUGGACCUAGUGAAAAUGCUGGUGUUGAAACAUUGGAGCAGAGCCCAGAAGUGAUUCUAGAUGCUACUGCUGCUAAAGAGGAAGUGAUGCUGGGAGUUGUCAGUGGAAGUGUUGAGCCAGUUCAGGUCACUACAUUGCCUGAGAAUUCAGAGGUAGGUGAGGAGAGAGGCUCUCCUUCAGGGAACAUGGCAGAUGUAAGUGCUGGCUGCAGCGAUAAUGAGGCAAAUAGCAGUUCUGCAUUAAGUCCUCCAGAAGAGAGCCAAGGAGAUGUAGAUGAAUUUGAGGUGGGAAGAAGGGACAGCCAAGAGGAAGUGAAAGAGUCUCAAGAAAUGUUGACUGUAAAUGAAAAUCAGACUAGUCAUAGUCACUGUUCUGUGAAAGCUCCAGCGGAUGGAACCUUGUCAGGUGGUGAAGAGCAAGAGCAUAAAAAGGCUGAAGAAGCCAUACCACUCAAAACUGCCCAGUCAGCAGAGGAGAAUCAGAUGGCAGAACAACUAAAUAACAGUGACUUGUUGGCUCCCAGUGCACAAGAAGAGGAUUCAAGUCUGUUCAAAACGCAGAGGUCUGGAGGGACUUUUGAGGAACCGCAAAGGCUGGUGGAAAACCAUGGCUGUGAAAGUGAAGAGAAUUCUCUGCUGAACCGGGAGCAUGUUGCAAUACAGGACUUGCAGGGACAGGUGGAGAACCAGGAAAGUUGUUCUUACAGGGAAAGGUUGAAGACUACAGCCUCAAAAACACUGGAAUCCAUUGAGGAGGAAUUGGAGGGUGGACCACUGUCCACAGGAUCUGCUGAGGGGCAUACAGAGCCUACCACUCUGCACUCCCAGCCAGAGGCAUCAUCGGGGGCAUCACCUCCUAAAGGGAUGAUGCCAGAAGAGACAGAGAUGAGAAAAGAGGCAACUGGCACAGGUGUGUUGAAACCAGUGAGUAAAAGCAGUGCCCUGGAGGAAACUUCACCUCCUGUUACUCCCCCGACAUCCCCAACUUGUGGAACUGCCUGGGGUGGUCACUUUGCACCUACGAUAGUCAAGGAUGUGAACCCAGAAGUGCUCAGGAGUGGAGUUGCCUGCCUGCCUGGUACGAGAGACAAAUCGGGACGUGCAGUGGCCAUAAUAACAACAAGGAGCACAGCCUGGUUAAACCCCCACUGCAACACCACUGAGCUUGUACGCCUGCUUCUGUACUUGCACAGCAUCCCAAGACCAGAAUGUCAGGCUUUGGGUCUGACUGUUCUUGUGGAUGCUCGUCGCUGUUCUCCCGUUCCUGCUCUCUUCAAGGCGUUCAGCACGUUGCAGGAGAUGGAUCCUCACUGUAUUCAUGGAGUCCUGCUUCUGGUUGAAAAAGAUCUGACUUUUCGGAUGGAGAAGCCACCAGCAGGACAGUUUGAACUUCUCACCUCCAUGAAAUCCCUCCAUAAGCACAUAGACAGCUCCCAGCUGCCUCUGGAGCUGGAAGGGACCUUUCCAUACUGCCACCAGAGCUGGCUGAGCUUCCGCAGGAAGCUGGAAUACUUGCUACAACAAUGCCAGGGUGUUUGUGCCUUCCUUCAGGGAGCUAUUAAUAAAGUGGAAUCCACAAAAUUACCAGGAAAGGCUGAGGAUGCAGCUGUGCUGCUGAGGAAUUCAAGGCAGUUGAUGAAGAAUGUUCUUGAAGAUGCAAGUUUGGUCAGGGUGCAGCAGGAGGGCGGAGCGCUCCUCGCCAGACUGGGGAAGGAGGCGUCCUGUGUCACCCUUACCCAAGACUACAGAGAUGCGCUCGACGCUGCCAGCGUGCUUUACAACCAAGUUGAUGAGGGCGUUCACCGCCUGGUGAUGCUGUCAAACAAGCGCAUCCAGGAGCUGGAGCUGGUGAUGGAGUUCGAGAAAGUGGAAGAGUGUUUUAAGGAGGUCAGCAAUUGGAUUGAGAACGUUGGCAGAAAACGGCUAAAGGAAACUGUCAACCUGGAUGAUUCUUUGGAGAUGCUGCUUCAAGCACAAAAGCAGUUCAAGGAGUUUGAUCUUGUUGCCAGUGAAUAUUGCAGAAGGGGACAGGAAGCAUUAAAGAAGAUGAAUCAAUGGGAAGACCUUUCCUUUGUGGAUGUGCAUUCUUACAGGGUAAAGCUGCAGACCUAUGAAGAUGAGCUGGAGGAUUUCUGCACCCAGCUGGAUGAAACGAGGCACCGAGUUUGUGAAACAGUCAGGCUAUAUGAAUUCUUUGACAAGGCGUACGAGUGGGCCUUGGAAGGGAUGCGACACCUUGCCUGUAUCAGCAUGGAGGACUGCAGCUCCGCCGAGCACUGUGCAGAUGUGAUCAAGUGCCUGGAGAGUUACAAGGGGCAGCACCCGGACAUCAGUGCUGCCCGGUUCCAGGAGAUGAAGGAGCUGGCCUGUGAGCUGAAGAGUGAGAAGGGGCUCAAGCAGUGGAAAUUUGCAUGGUCUAAAUGCCAGGAGACCAAGCUGGUUUUUGAAAAGAAACUCGAAGCAGCCUUGAGAACAAGGAAGUCUCUGCUGUCAGACCGCAACCCAGCUGUGGGGGAGCAGCCCCAGGCUGGCAGUGAGACUGGCACUCUGUCCCACCGGAGGCACUCUGAGGGGGCCACCUCCAGGUCCCACUGGGACAGGACUCAGAGCACAUCUCAUGGCUACAACAGAACCAACAGCUGUCUGGAGUGGACUAGGGAGAAAGCUCCCUCGCCCUCCCUGAGCUGCCCUGGAGAUGUCGAUGCUGGGGAAGUAUUUGUCUGCCCAGCUCCUCUCAGCCCUGGUCCUCACUCAAGCAGAAUUUCUUUCACCAGCAGGGCUUGUAAGUCUCCAAUGCUGCCUGAAGAAAAGCCAAACCUGGAGAGCAUUUUAGAAGCCCCAGAGGUGAAGCAGUGUCCUACAUCCACUCCAGUCCCUGGGAAGCUGCCUCCCAGGAAGGUGCUCCGGAAGGCCCAAAGCUUUGACCUGCCUUAUGGUGAGAGCCUGUGGGCCAGCUGCCAGAGGAGCGAGCCGGCCAGGUACGGCAACACCGGCGUCUUCAUUAAGGGGCUGGAGGUGAGCAGCACUGAGCUGGUGGACAGGACGUUCGCUCUGCGGCAGCCAGCUGUGAGCAGCUGGGCUGCAGACUGCCUGCUGGAGGGACAGAGGGGCUGCCUCUCCGGGUCAGAAGCCAAGAGCUGGGGCAGCAAACUGCGGCACAUCAUCGACGAGAUGGUGACCACGGAGCGGGAGUACGUGCGGUCACUCCGCUACAUCAUCGACAGCUACUUCCCUGAGAUGGAGCGCCUCGACCUGCCCCAGGACCUGCGUGGGAAGCGCAGCGUCAUCUUUGGAAACCUGGAGAAACUCUAUGACUUCCACAGCCAAUACUUCCUUCGAGAGCUUGAGAGCUGCUGCAACCACCCACUGAGGGUCAGCCACUGCUUCCUGCGACACAAAGACCAGUUUGGAAUGUAUGCACUGUAUAGCAAGAACAAGCCGAAGUCAGACUCGCUGCUGGCCAGCCAUGGGAAUACCUUCUUCAAGUUCAAGCAGGUGCAGCUGGGGGAUAAGAUGGACCUGGCCUCCUACCUGCUGAAACCCAUCCAGCGGAUGAGCAAAUAUGCCCUGCUCCUAAAGGACCUGAUCAAGGAGUGCAGCGAGGCACAAGAGCAGGAGCUGGGCUAUCUCCGUGCUGCUGAGGAGAUGGUGAAGUUUCAGCUCCGGCAUGGGAAUGACCUGCUGGCCAUGGAUGCCAUCCGUGACUGUGACGUUAACCUGAAGGAGCAGGGGCAGCUGGUGCGGCAGGACGAGUUCACCAUCUGGCUGGGCCGCAGGAAGUACCAGCGACACGUCUUCCUCUUCGAGGACCUCAUCCUCUUCAGCAAGCCCAAGAGGAUCGAGGGUGGCUUUGAUGUGUAUAUCUACAAGCGCUCCUUCAAGACUGCAGACAUUGGUCUGACCGAGAACUGUGGAGACAGCGGCCUGCGCUUUGAGAUCUGGUUCCGAAGGCGGAAGUCCAGUGACACCUACAUCCUCCAGGCCAGCUCAGCUGAGACUAAGCAGGCCUGGACUGGUGACAUUGCCAAAAUCCUGUGGCAGCAGGCAGCCCGCAAUAAAGAAAUCCGUAUGCAGGAGAUGGUCUCCAUGGGUGUGGGUAACAAGCCCUUCCUGGAUAUCAAACCCAGUGAGGCAGCUAUUAAUGACCGUGCUAUUGAUUACAUCAUGAAAGGCAGAGGUGCCAGGACCAGAGCUUCAAUUGCAGUGUCUCUGUUUGACCAUUCCAACCCCUUCAAGAGGACACAGACGCAGCUCUCCACUGGCAGCACCCCCACUGCCUAUUCCCCUUCCUCCUCCUCCCUGCUGGGGCCCCUCAACCUCCACAUGUACCUGGACCAGGCUCUGCUGCCAGGGGUCCUGGCCCCCAGACGUCCCUUUGACAUUGGCACUUGCAUCGAGGAAGAUGAGCUGGAGCACGAGACGAGCAGCCAGCCCUCAAUGACAACAGAGAGCUCCGAGUCAUCGCACUGCAUGUCAGCCACUGGCUCCAGCGGCUCCGACAGUGGCUGUGUCUCCAACGUCCCACAAGAAAGCUUCUGUGAAGACAUGGGCUCACCCCCUUACAUGCCCAUAGGCCCACAACACAGCUCUGCCAUGGAGGGCAGACCCAGGUUCACAAACAGCCAGUACAUUUCUGCAAAAGCAGGCCAGGUCACCAUAAGUCCCUCAAGAAUAGUGUGACCCCCUCGGCCCCGCCUCAGGAAGUGGAGUUGUUGUUUGAUUGCCAUUUCAAACUCACUGAAGACCCCAGGCCUCUGACCAGCAGAAGGACACAGUCUUCAUCCUUGAAGAUAUUUUUUUGCCCAUUAUCAGGCUCUUUCAAACAGCCCAAAACUUGACCUCUUCCUGAGACGAAGUCCCAGGAAGGCUUCUGUCAACUAAAUGUAAUAGCUUUGGUAUUGGAUGGGACCUUGGGCAUUUAGAACUCAUUAGCCCUGUAUUUAUAAGUAAUAAGUAACAUAGCAGUUUGGGGAAAAAAAAAUAUUAUUUUUAAAGCUAUGAGUUGUACAGAUUUUUAUUACAAGUGACUCUGUUACUAUUUGUUGUGUAAGCUGCAUAUUUUAUAAAGUUUUUGGAAGGGCAUGAAGAGAAAUUGAGGUAUUUAAAAAAAGUAGUCUAACUUUCUGUUUCAGGGUUAUAGUGACCUGAAGCUCAAGAUUUAACGUCCUUCCUUAUGUUCUAAAUAUGUCUAUCAUAGCAAUAAUUUAUUUCUUUGGCUUAAUACUUCCAUUCUAAUAAAAGCAAUUUCAUUGUUAUGAAUUGUUUCUUCAGAUGGUUCUUCCAGUGCCUUGGUGCUGAGUUAAUCUCUCUCAUAACCAUCUGUCAGCUCUGCCACUCUGCCUGUGCCACCUCUGCUCUGACUGCCAGCUCCCCCUGUAAACCCUCAGUGCAUUCACCAGAGAAGGGGGAGAUGCCCAGGCAGAGACUCCCCUGAUGCCAGUGGGAGGCUGACCCAGAGAGGGGCUUUGGAGCAGCCAGCAGAGGUGUCAGUAGGAGUGAGGAAGAGGGAGCUGUCUGUGGAGCUCUGGAGGCACCAAAGUUCCUGGCUCUAAUUUUAGCCACUUUCCCCCUGUAGCUGCGGUCCCAGUGCAAGUUCCUCUCUUGCCCUGCUGGCUCAGGUUCCAGUGGCUUAGUUCAGGUUCCAUUGUGCUUUGUCCUGGCUGUGCCCCUGGUUUUGGACUGACAGGGACUGGCUCCUUGCUUCAUUUCUGACUCAGCCCCUCUUCUGGUACUUCAGUCCCACUAUUGUGGCUUGUUUGAGGAGCUUUGGAUGUGCUGGCAUUCGAGACCAACAGGUUUUGAGUGUAAUGGGUUGAUCAUAAUGCUGAACCUUAAGUGGAAGUUGUUUGAAGUAACACAGCAUAACUGGAAGACAAACGAGCCCUGUGUUCCAAGGUGGCUUUUUCAUGAGUAACAUCCAAGGUCACUGUGUGGCUGUGACACCCUCCCUCUGUUCUUGGACAAAAUGAAAAUUACCAUUUCUGGAAACAGUGGUUACUUGGCUGCCAAGUUCCUGUUUACUCCUGGUUUGUGCAGGGCUGUAAAUCAGGCUCCUGCAGGUGUGGGAGAAGUGCUACAUUUGGCCUGAGGAAGAAGAUGGAGUAGUAAUUUAUUUAACUGCAAUUUUCUCCCCUUGGCAGACUGGGGUGUUACAUCCCACAGCCACCCUGGAGACAGUGUUCCUUCAAGUUUGGAAAUUCCUGUACUGUAUGUAAAACACUUGUUUAUUUUUAAUAAGCUGGAUGUUUUUAAACCUUGUUCUUUUUUCAGACAGCAAGGAAAAUACAUUUGACACCUUUGUACAAAAUUACGUGGGAAACAGUUAUACAGGGAAUAUUUUACAAGUUACUAUUUUGAGAUAAUUGCUGGGUUAAUGCAAAGUUUCUGGACUGUCAAGACAACAAUAGCUCAUGUCACAAGAGGGAGAGAAGUUACUAAUGCAACAAGAGGAACAUGAAACGUCUGGAAUUUCUCAGUUUCAAAGGUUUCUAAAUUGCUGGACAAACCUUUAGUAUUGUUUACCUGACACUCUUUCUUCAGGGUUUGAUUGAUUUGUCUAAUAAAGGUUAUUUUCUUUAUAUGAA